CGGUUCCGCUUGGCGCUGGCGAUCUCGCCCCCGAAGCGCCGCCGCCUAGGCGGCUCCUCCUCUGCGCGGGGUGGGGGAUCUGCGGCGUGCACGCCUCCUCCUGCGCCUCUUCCUCCGGCGGCGGCAGUGCGGAGAGUAGCGGCGGCGGCAGCUCCGGAUAGCGCCAUGGCGGGGAACGGCGAGCGCACCUUCAUCGCCAUCAAGCCCGACGGCGUCCAGCGCGGGCUGGUCGGGGAGAUUAUCAAGCGGUUCGAGCAGAAAGGGUUCCGGCUCGUAGCCAUGAAGUUCGUACACGCCUCUGAAGACCUUCUCAAACAACAUUACAUUGACCUGAAAGACCGCCCCUUCUUUCCUGGUUUGGUUAAAUACAUGAACUCUGGACCUGUUGUGGCCAUGGUAUGGGAAGGACUCAAUGUGGUUAAAACUGGGAGAGUAAUGCUGGGGGAAACCAACCCUGCAGACUCCAAGCCUGGCACCAUCCGUGGUGAUUUCUGCAUUCAAGUGGGAAGGAACAUCAUCCAUGGCAGUGACUCUGUGGAGAGUGCACAGAAGGAGAUCAACCUGUGGUUCAAACCCGCAGAGCUCAUCGACUUCAAGCCCUGUGCACACGACUGGAUCUAUGAGUGACGGGUUCCCACAGUGAUUUGUGCCUUCCAACACCUCAUCUCAUUCCAGCUGCUGCCCUGGGAGCAACCACAGUUAUCUUAGUGCUUAAAGUAACUGUCAAAUAAAUGGGUGUGAACUAA